GAAAAGAGGGCGGGGGAGAUGGGAGCCCUAGGGACAGGGUGCAACAGUGGCAGAAAGGCCUAGGUGUGGGGUGGGGGAGUCUCCUUGGCCUUGAGGUCCCUGCUUAGUCAACUGUCUGCUCUGGGUGGGUGGUAAUUGGAUGACUUCUAAGUCACUUGGAUGCCAGAGGGGGAGGUGGUUGGGGGAGGCGAGUUCGCAGGUGUUUUCUUGUAGUCCCCCCUGGCCUGAGCUUUACCAGCCCACUCUCCUGAGGCCUGAGUGGAAGGUCGCUCGGGCCUGUUUGGUCCGGGAGGGAGCCAGACUGAGGAUGGCCCUGUGGAUUCAUCAGGGCUGGGACAAGGCAUGAAGGGCUUUGUUUAAGCACAGAGUCUGCAGAAUUAAAUGAAGGGGUGAGGUGAGGGGAGGACUCCUACUUUCUUCUUCUAGUUGGCACCCUUUCCCCCCACCCCCACCUUGGUCCCCAACAAUGCCAGCUGCCACCUGCUGGGACUGUCUCCAGUUACAGUCCGAAGGCUGGAAAGAGGUCUGGGACCUGCCGCUAUGGGGGACAUGAAGACCCCUGAUUUCGAUGACCUCCUUGCUGCCUUUGACAUCCCUGACAUUGAUGCGAAUGAAGCCAUCCACUCUGAGCCAGAAGAAAGUGAGGGGCCAGGAGGCCCAGGGAAGCCAGAACCCAGCGUGGGAGGCGAAUCUGGAGACCCAGAAGCAGCCUCUGCUAGGGAUGACCCUGGGGUUCCAGCCCAGGAUUCUGACCAUGGCCUGCCGCAGCCAGACAUUUCCACAGUCAGUGUCAUUGUCAAGAACACUGUGUGUCCCGAGCAGUCUGAGGCCCUGGCUGAGGGUUCAGAAGGGGACGGGGCCCAGGCUGUGGGGUUGACUCAGGAGGGGUCUGUGGAGCCUCAUCCAAUGCAAAAUGGUUUUGGGGGCCCUGAGCCAUCCCUCCCUGGAACCCCUCACUCUCCAGCUCCUUCCACUGAGGGUACCUGGAAAGAAAAAGCCAUGGAAGGCAAAGCUCCCUUGGACCUCUUUGUGCAUUUUGGGCCUGAGCCAGGGGAGCACCCAGAUCCCCUGCCUCCCUCUCCACCCUCCCCUCCUGAGGAAGGGGCCAUGACCCCUCCCCCUUUCCCCUCUCCUUUUGAGCUGGCCCCAGAGAAUGGCCCAAGCCUGCUGUCAUCUGGUUCUUCCCCACCGCUGGGGGCCUUGAAGCAGGGCAGCUGUAGUCCCCCUCAGCCCCAGGGUCUAGCCCGGGGAGCCUCAGGCUCUAGCCCUGAAGCCACGAACAUCCCUGCCAGCACCUCGCCUCCUCGGGUUGCUGGAGUGCCCUUCUUCAAGCAGUCUCCAGGGCAUCAGAGCCCUCCUGCCUCCCCCGAAGUACCUAGUUGUCAGCCCCUGAAGGAAGAAGAUGAUGAGGGGCCGGUGGACAAGUCUCCCCAGGGAAGUCCCCAUAGUCCUUCUAGUGGAGCCGAGGCUGCAGACGAGGACAGCAAUGACUCCCCUGCCUCCUCCAGCUCCUCUAGGCCUCUUAAAGUGCGGAUCAAGACCAUUAAGACGUCCUGCGGGAGUAUCACAAGGACUGUAACCCGGGUCCCCUCAGACCCUGAUCCCCCUGCCCCCUUGGCUGAGGGGGCCUUCCUGGCUGAGGCUAGCCUCCUGAAGCUGUCCCCUGCAGCACCAACCCCCGAAGGUCCAAAGGUGGUGAGCGUACAGUUGGGUGAUGGUACGAGGCUGAAGGGUACUGUGCUGCCUGUGGCCACCAUCCAGAAUGCCAGUACUGCCAUGCUGAUGGCAGCCAGCGUGGCCCGCAAAGCUGUGGUUCUGCCUGGGGGGACCACCACCAGUCCUAAGACAAUUGCUAAGAAUGUGCUGAGCCUGGUGCCCCAAGCCCUGUCCAAGGUUGAGGGGCGGGCAGGGCUGGGGACAGCGGGGCAGAAGGUAAAUGGUGCCUCGGUGGUGAUGGUGCAGCCUUCAAAGACGGCCACUGGACCAGGUUCAGGGGCUGGCACGGUGAUCUCACGGACCCAGUCCAGCCUGGUGGAGGCCUUCAACAAGGUCCUCAACAGCAAGAGCCUGCUGCCUGCCUACAGGCCAAACCUGAGCCCACCGGCUGAGGCUGGGUUGGCCCUGCCUCCAACUGGCUACCGCUGCCUCGAGUGUGGGGACGCCUUCUCACUGGAGAAGAGUCUGGCACGGCACUAUGACCGCCGGAGCAUGCGCAUCGAGGUCACCUGCAACCACUGUGCCCGCCGCCUGGUCUUCUUCAACAAAUGCAGUCUGCUCCUGCACGCCCGCGAGCACAAGGACAAGGGUCUCAUCAUGCAGUGCUCACAUUUGGUCAUGAGGCCUGUGGCCCUUGACCAGAUGGUGGGGCAGCCGGACAUCACUCCCUUGCUACCUGUGGCUGUCCCACCUGUCCCUGGACCUCUGGUCUUGCCUGCCUUAGGCAAGGGUGAGGGGGCCAUCACCUCUACCAUUAUAACAAUUGCUGCUGAGGCCCCUAUUCUGCCACUCUCAGCAGAGCCUCCUGCUGCCCCCGCCACCUCUGCUUACACGUGCUUUCGCUGCCUGGAGUGCAAGGAGCAGUGCCGGGACAAGGCUGGCAUGGCAGCCCACUUCCAGCAGCUCGGACCCCCUGCCCCCGGGACCACUAGCACUGUGUGCCCAACCUGCCCCAUGAUGCUCCCCAAUGGUUGCAGCUUCAGCGCCCACCAGCGCAUGCAUAAGAGUCGACCCCCGCACGUCUGUCCCGAGUGUGGGGGCAACUUCCUACAAGCCAAUUUUCAGACCCAUCUCCGGGAGGCCUGUCUGCAUUUCUCUCGCCGUGUAGGAUACAGGUGCCCCAGCUGUGCAGUGGUGUUUGGGGGUAUGAACUCUGUCAAGUCCCACAUCCAGGCGUCGCACUGCGAGGUUUUCCACAAGUGCCCCAUCUGCCCCAUGGCCUUCAAGUCUGCACCCAGCGCCCAUGCCCACCUCUACAGCCAGCAUCCUAGCUUCCUCACGCAGCAGGCCAAGAUGAUCUACAAGUGCGCCAUGUGUGAUACAGUCUACACGCACAAACCCCUCCUCACCUCGCACUUCGACCAGCACCUGCUGCCCCAGCGUGUCAGUGUCUUUAAGUGCCCGUCUUGUCCUCUGCUCUUUGCCCAGAAAAGGACCAUGCUGGAACAUCUCAAGAACACCCAUCAGUCUGGGCGCGUGGGGGAGGAGCCUGCUGGGAAAGGAGCCGGGGGUGCCCUUCUGACCCCCAAGACUGAGCCUGAGGAGCUGGCUGUGUCUCGCGGUGGGGCAGCCCCUGCUACUGAGGAAUCAUCUUCAUCUUCAGAAGAGGAGGGACUACCCAGCUCCCCCGAGCGUCCCCGCCCCACCAAACGGCCCCGGCGGGAAGUAGGGAGCAAAGGCAUCAAGGGUGGGGGUGGUGGCAGCGGUGGUGGUGGCAGUGGUGGCGGUGGCGGUGGCAGCAGCGGUGGCGGCGGCUGGACCUGUGGCCUUUGUCACUCCUGGUUCCCCGAGCGUGAUGAGUAUGUGGCUCACAUGAAGAAGGAGCAUGGCAAGUCAGUGAAAAAGUUUCCCUGUCGCCUGUGCGAGCGCUCCUUCUGCUCUGCCCCCAGCCUGAGGCGCCACGUCAGAGUCAAUCACGAGGGAAUCAAGCGAGUUUACCCAUGCAGGUACUGCACAGAGGGAAAACGCACCUUCAGCAGCCGCCUGAUCCUGGAGAAGCACGUCCAGGUCCGGCAUGGCUUGCAGCUUGGGCCCCAGUCCCCUGGCCGGGGGAAUGCCCUGGCUCGUGGUCCUGGUGCCAGAGCCCAGGGGCCAGGUCGGAAACGCCGCCAGUCUUCCGACUCUUGCAGUGAGGAGCCUGACAGCACAACACCGCCGGCCAAGUCCCCCAGAGGAGGACCCGGCUUGGGAGGCCACGGCCCUCUGCGCUACCGAAGCAGUGGACCGGUGGAACAGAGCCUUGCCGUGGGGUUGCGGGUGGGUGGUGGUGCCCAGCAGUGCCUCGACUGUGGCUUGUGCUUUGCCUCCCCUGGCUCCCUGAGCCGGCACCGUUUCAUCAGCCACAAGAAGAGACGGGGUGUGGGUAGAGCCGGUGCCCUGGGGCUGGGCGAUGGGGAGGAAGAUGCCCCCCCUCUGCCAAGGUCUGACCCAGAUGGUGGAGACUCACCCUUGCCUGCUUCUGCAGGCCCCCUGACCUGCAAGGUCUGUGGCAAGAGCUGCGACAGCCCUCUCAACCUCAAGACCCAUUUCCGCACGCAUGGCAUGGCGUUCAUCAGGGCUCGGCAGGGGGCCAGUGGGGACAACUAGGCCUCAAGCCCGGGACUGACCAGCCCCCCUCUUCCCCGGAAGCCCAGUUUUCCCUGCUGCUGCCUGGUCCGUGGGCUGGGAAGUUUCAUUAGCAUUCAUAUUUUUUUCAAAUGCUCUCUCCCCAGCCCUGAAGAAAAAGCUUUUGAGGAUUAUAUUAAUAGUUAUUUGCAGCCUUCCUUUGGGUUAGGCCCUUGGGCCCUAGUAGAGUGGGCCUCCGUUUCUCCUUUCUGAGCCCAACACUAAUUAUGCUCCUGCUGCAGAACCCCCAGUAUGGGACUGGGGGUGGGAGGAUGGACUUUCAUGUGCCUGCCAGACAGGCACGGGGAAGGACUGAUGGGAGGCUCGUGGACACCCCUCCGCAAUUCCUUCAGGCACAGACUGGAAUUUUCCUCCUCUGGGCCAGGCCCUGCCAUGACG